UCGUAGAGGAGCCUUGCUUUAUCGUUUUAAACAUGUCCAUAAUUGUAAUACUUUGUUUUUUUAUAGAAUUAUUAACCUUAUUGUGCUCUGGAGAAAAUCUAACAACUAUGACGGGGGUGAAAAAUAUUCCAACAGACAAUGCAUUUUAUUAUGAUUUAACAAAUGGCAAACCUUUAAUGGAAAAUGUGGAAGACAGUAAGACAAUUGCAAAUUCUUCGAGGAUAAACUUCAGGAGUUUACCAUGUGCUUGUUCGAUUUCAGUGUGCAGCUGCUGCACUGGAAUAAAUAUAACUGUGAUUAAAUUUAAUCGACGCAUCUGUUCUAACCUAACGUACAACGCUCGUGAAUUUGCUUUGCAAAUGGACUUUUUAAUGGAUGACCGAGUUUUAUUUUCGAAUCAAGUAUCAGCAAAAUAUCCACCACCUGUUUGUAUACCAUUGCCUUAUGUACCAUUUAUAAGCCUCUGUAUACGUGUGUACGAAAUUCAUACGAUUGGAAACAAUUUGCACGCCUGUAUCGAUUUUGAAACAAGAGUCAUUCACGCACCGAUUUUAGUGCUACAUUUCGAUUGCAUUCGAAUGGGAUCUAGUGGACUUAUGUGGCUAAAUCCAGGAAAAGGACACAAGUUCGAGAACGGUGUGGAGCACCUGCGAGUGUGAAAUGAGAAAACAGUACUGAGCAUCUACACGAGGGUCACCAGUAUUUAUGGGAACAGAAAAGCCAUUUUUACCCCAUUACCUAACCCCAUUUUCAAUGAAAAUUUCAGAUCCCUUUGCCAUCAGAGGAGUUUCCUGAAAACUGUGAAAAAAGCUGUCAAAAUCGUAUAGAUAUACCGAAAUGUAAGGUACACCGUAUCGCAUUUUUGCCAGCCAAUUACAGUGAAGGGGUUCAAAGUGGUACGGCGCCAAGUUGCGCCAUUGGUAUUAUUCUACAGUGUGACAAAGAAAAAAUUUACGACCAAGUAUAAAAAAAUAACUUCCGGUCACGCACAACAAUACAUACAAUUUAUUUCGGGUAUCGCAGACUGGAAUUGAAAAAGAGUUACGAGCAAUCUUCCUUUGGACAAAAGUAGAUGUUGACAUCGUUAAACCUGACAACUAUUACGCGUCUCCAAGGAAAAAUAAAAAACUAAAAAAA